UCACACCACUUCUUCCCUCUCCCUCUUCCCUUAAACCCUAAAUCUCAAAUCAAUGACCACCACCACCGCACCAUCGCCGCCGCCAGAGCAACAACAACAACAACAACAACUCGCACAAACCUCAAGAGUAAACCCCAAGACCGUCGACGCCGCCGUCACCGCCCUACUCAAAUGGAGAACCGAGAAAUCCAAAACAGAGAAGCCCCAGCUCCUGGAGCAAGACGAGUUCGUCUACCUAAUCGUCACCUUAAAGAAGAUCCCUCAAACAAACCGCACGAAGCCUCACCUCAUCCCCCUCCCUCACCCCCUCAUCGACUCCUCCUCCCCGGAGCUCUGCCUCAUCAUCGACGACAGACCUAAGAGCGGACUAACCAAAGAAGACGCGAGGAAGAAGAUCGACUCCGAUAACGUCCCGAUCGCGAAGAUCCUCAAGCUCUCGAAGCUGAGGAGCGAUUACAAGGCCUUCGAAUCGAAGCGUAAGCUCUGCGAUUCUUACGAGAUGUUCUUCGCGGAUCGGAGAGUGAUCCCUCUCCUGCCGAGGCUGAUCGGGAAGAAGUUUUUCGAGACGAAGAAGAUUCCGGCGGCUGUGGAUUUGAAGCAUAGGAACUGGAAGGAGCAGGUGGAGAAGGUUUGUGGAUCGGCGAUGUUUUUCGUUAGGACGGGGACGUGUAGCGUUGUCAAGGUUGGGAAGUUGUCGAUGGAAGAGGGGGAGAUUGUGGAGAAUGUGGUGGAGACGUUGAAGGGGGUUGUUGAGGUGUUGCCUGGUAAGUGGAAGUAUGUUAGGUCUUUGCAUUUGAAGUUGUCGGGGAGCGUGGCGCUGCCUGUUUAUCAGAGUGUGCCUGAUUUGAAGCUGAAGAUUGAUGGUGGGAAGAGUGUUGUUGUUGAGGAAGAGGAAGAGGAGAAGGAGAGUGGUGUGGUGAAGGAGGAGAAGAAGAAGAAGAAGAAGGGUAGGAUUCAUGAGGUUAGGUAUAUGGAUAGUAAUGUGUCUGAGGUGCUUGAUGAUGAUGAGAUUGGUGAUGUUGAGGUUAGUGUUAAGGAGAAGAAGAGGAAGAAGGAGGUGAGUGAGGUUGUAGAGGCUGAGAAACCUAAGAAGAAAGUUGCCAAGGGGAAGUUGAAAGAGAAUGAGUUAAAGCCGAAGAAGAAGGAGGUGGCUGAGGUUGCAGAAGCUGAGAAACCGAAGAAGAAAUUGGCUAAGGGUAAGGAUGAGUUAAAGCCAAAGAAGAAGACGAAGGCUACGAAACAAGAGUCUGGUGGUGGUUUGAAACCCAAGAGGAAGAAGAGUGCUUAGAAGAAAGAUAAAAGAUAAAAGGUUUUUGUUUUGUUUUUCAAUUGGGUGAUUUUAUGUUUUAUCUUAGUGCUGAUUACAUUUUGGACUCUCAUAGUCUUGUACUGAUGCUUAUCAUUUAAAUGUUGAACCUGUGUUACUGUU